AUGGGACCUUGGGACAUCAACCACGGCUUCCAAGUUGAGUUCGUUUGGAAGUCGACCUCCUUCGACCGCAUGCAAGCGGCGAUGCGCACCUUCGCAGUGGAUGACACAAGUGUCUCGGGUUACUUGUAUCACAAGCUCCUGGGCCACGACGUCGAGCCGCAGACCAUCCGCGCCAACGUGCCCAAACACUUCACAGCUCCCAACCUGCCGCAGCUCAACCAUUCGCAGGUCUAUGCGGUGCGCAAGGCGCUCUCCAACCCGCUGUGCCUUAUCCAGGGACCCCCAGGAACUGGCAAGACCGUCACGAGCGCCACCAUUGUGUUCCACCUCACCCGGCAGAACCAGGGCCAGGUCCUGGUCUGUGCUCCCUCCAACAUUGCAGUGGACCAGCUGGCCGAGAAGCUGCACAAGACGGGGCUGAAGGUGGUGCGCCUCAGCGCAAAGAGCCGCGAGGCGGUGGCGAGCAGCGUGGACUUCCUCACGCUGCACCACCAAGUUCGACACCUGGAUACGCCAGAUCACCAGGAGCUGCAAAAGCUCCUCGCGCUGAAAGACGAGUUGGGCGAGCUGUCCCACGUCGACGAGAAGAAGUUCAAGCAGCUGCAGAACUCCACUGAGCGCGAGCUUCUCACCGCGGCCGAUGUCAUUUGCACCACCAGUGUGGGUGCGGGGGACCCCCGGCUUCAGAACUUCCGCUUCAAGCAGGUGCUGGUGGAUGAGUCCACCCAGGCCACUGAGCCCGAGUGCCUGAUCCCCAUCAUGAUGGGUGCCAAGCAGAUCGUGCUGGUGGGGGACCACUGCCAGCUGGGUCCAGUGAUUAUGUGCAAAAAGGCGGCCAAGGCGCAGGGUGGGUCGAUGAGCGCUGGGCUGCACCAGAGCCUUUUCGAGCGCCUCAUCUUCUUGGGCAUCCGGCCAGUCCGCCUGGAGGUGCAGUACCGAAUGCACCCCUGCCUGUCCGAGUUCCCUUCCCAGUCCUUCUACGACGGCUCGCUGCAGAACGGCGUGACGCUGAACGAGCGGCUCUACGCCGGCAUCGAGUUCCCGUGGCCCCGUCCGGACAUGCCCAUGUUCUUCCUGAACUCCACCGGUGCGGAAGAGAUCUCCGCCUCGGGCACGUCCUACCUGAACCGCACCGAGGCGACCAACGUGGAGAAGCUGGUGACGUACUUCUUGAAGUCUGGGGUGAAGCCGUACCAGGUUGGCAUUAUCACGCCCUACGAGGGCCAAAGGGCGCGGCCCCAAGGGUUUUGGCGCUGGCUUCUGAUCCUAGCUGCGUACAUCUGCUCGGUGCUCCAGCGCCAGACCUGCUUCAGCCACAAGGCCUACGAGGAGAUUGAGGUGGCCAGUGUGGACAGCUUCCAGGGCCGAGAGAAGGACUUCAUCCUCCUCUCCUGCGUGAGGUCCAAUCAGAACCAGGGCAUUGGCUUCUUGAACGACCCGCGGCGUCUGAACGUGGCGCUGACGCGCGCCAAGUACGGUCUGAUCAUUUGCGGCAAUGCCAAGGUGCUGGGCAAGCAAUUCCGCUCUCAGCCCUCGCUCUGGGUGAACCUGCUGAGCCACUAUAAGAAGUACGAGCUGGUGGUGGAAGGCUCCCUGUCCAACCUCCGCCAGUGCCACAUCACCUUCAGCAAGCCCAUGCGCCUGCCGUCCCGCUACUUUGCCCGUGGCCCCAUCGGAGCCGAGGUUGGGCAGUUUGACGACGAGAAGCGAGACCAGAUGGACAUGGCAAGCCUGACGUGGUUGACGUGUGGCUUCGGUGGUAAGCUCCCGGUGUGGAAGAUGUUCCUCCAAACAUGCCCCCUGUGCUGGGUUCCAGUUAGACGGGAGAAUAAUGGUUCAAGCAACGCAAACGUCUGA